AUGGAUACUCAGCUGGUGCUUCCGGGGCAAAUGCAGAUUUUGUCUGAAGCUGCUUUGGCGUCUCUGCCAACAGACAAAUCCCGCGAAGGCCUGGAGAAGGGGUCCGAACUGGGAGGCGACGGUAUGACAAUGAGAUUGCCAAUGCCAAGAAUCAGCGACGAAGAGUUUCACGAAAAGCUUCGGAACCUGGAGCUCGAGUGCCAACAGCUGCGCGACAGCAAGUCCCAGCUAGAGCAGGAAAAUGCGCUGCUCAAGGCACAAAUGGGUCGCUCCUUGGAGAGUUCGGAGACUACGGAGAGCCGGCUAAAGGGCUCCAUCUCCGUGGCGGAAACGCAGCAUCAAGUCCUGCGCCGGCGCAUGCGGGCCAUGUUGGAGGAUCAGAGGCGCUUGGUGGAUGAACUCCAGCAGGAGAUCGCACAGGAGCUGAGCCAACUCGGCCGCUCCCAAAACUCCCAGAGCCCACCGACUUCGAUGAGCUUGCAGCCAGAGGCGCCGAAGCCGACCCUGCAAUCCAGCAGCUCUUUGGACACGACGUCGACGCUCCAAGCAAGGCCCUCAAGGCCGUGGUCGGAGUCCAGAUAUCUGGACAGCGCGCCCUCAAGCUCUUUACAGCGGAACUCUCCUCGAGAAGGGACGGCGCCGCCAGAGGAAGACACGCCCACCCGCACCUUGCCAGUGCCGGUGCUGCAGCGUCCCGCGGCUAUCAGAAGCUCCGGCACUGCCGGCACUGCAUCGGCACCACGGGCUUCGGUGAGUUUCUCGGGGGCGCCCCAGCACUUUGCGCCAGAAGAGCUGAAGUCACCCAGAGAAGCAGUGGCGCCGCAGGAGGACGACCCGCCUGCACCAGCCACAAGGCUUGCCUCCUCGGGCCAUCCAUGGUCGGCCAGCCAUCAAAGUGGCCCCGACAUGCCGGAGGAGGACUUGAACUCACCGAGACUAGCACCGCCUGAAGAGAGCGUGCUUCUGCCAUCGUCCGCUGUGACGACACGAAUCGGAAGCUCCUCGCCGGGACCUUCGCCAUUGCAGCUUUCCUUUACAAAGGGCGCAUCCUCCACACGUUCUGGUUCAGACGGUUCAGACAUGGGUUCUGUGGAAGAAGCACCACCGGAAGACGACAGCCCGCCCUUGAGCCCGAUCUCCUUCCACUCGCCUGAUGGGUCGGCCAGAGAGGGUCGUGAAGGUGAUCUGGACGACACACACGCAGAGAAACCGGAGCCAAUGAUGAGCAAAUCUCCGGUCCAAGGAUCCUCGGGCCAGGCAGACCAUGCUGAGUCCUCACAGAAGGGCGAUGAGAAGAAGCAGGUCUUACAAGAAGGCGUCAUUUUGAUGCAGCGGUAUGAUCGCAAACGCAGUUGCUUUCAACUCCGGUUGUGCAACAAGAAGCUCGCCAAUUUGAACUUCACGGUGGACAUUUCGAAGUCUGUCAAUCUGGAAUUCUGGGUUCCACCCGGGAAGAAGACCUCGAAUGCCUGCAAUGUGAGGGUGCCAGCUGGCUCGGAGGUGGAGCUUUGUCAAAUUGGGCAGGUUGAUCCGAACCAAAGGAAGAUGGUGCUUAGCACGAACUUCACCUGGGUGCCACAACCACCAGAUCGCAAGCUGGUGCAGCAACAGACAGCCGCGGAGGUGAAAAGGCGGCAUGAUAUCGCGAACAACCUCAAAACCUUGGGCAUCGUUGGAUCCAAACUCGGCUCAGCAGCCAAGAUUGAGGAGGCCUGCUCAAAGCGAGGCAUCUCGCAGUUUGUGGACGCAGAGUUCUUUCCAGACGACGCCGCAUUGUUCAACGAUCCAUCAAGCCAAGAUCAUCCAAGCAUCAUUUGGAAACGUCCCAGUGAGUUCUGCAAGGGAGAGAUCCGCGUCUUCUCAGAUUCGAUCGUUCCAUGUGACAUACACCAGGGCGCACUCGGUGACUGUUGGUAUUUGGCCGCCUUGGCAGCACUGGCUGAACAGCCCGAGCUCAUACGUGGACUCUUCAGCAGCGAGCACCACAGCAGCGUGGGCGUCUACGAAGUCGUGUGCUUCAAGAAUGGGCAGCUGACCAGAGUCAUCAUUGACGACCUGAUCCCAUGCUCGCCGACCACGGGGAAGCCCUGCUAUGCCCACGUGAACGUUGAAAAUGAAGGCACCACCGUGAAUGAGCUGUGGGUCGCACUCUUGGAGAAGGCCUGGGCCAAGCUCCAUGGCUCGUACGAGCAAAUCGAAGGUGGACUCCCGUAUCAGGCAUUGAUGGAUCUGCUGGGUGUGGCCGGGAAGCAGUACCAGCUCAAAGGGCAGCAGCCCAGUGGAUUCACAACACCCGAUAGCUUCUUUCAAGAGCUGAACAAGUUCGACAUGAGCGGCUAUCUCAUGGUGGCUGGCACCAGCGGGACCGACAACCUCACAAAGGGAGCUGGUAAAGCUCCAUUGGACGGCCUCGUGCCUGGACAUGCCUACACCUUGCUGACGGUGCGCGAGGCAUGCGGGAUUCGACUUCUUCGUCUCCGCAAUCCCUGGGGUGACCAUGAGUGGACGGGCGACUGGAGUGACAAGAGCCCGCUAUGGACCGACAGAACCAAGGCAGCCUUUGAAGUUGAGGUCGAUGAGCACGACGGGGCCUUCUGGAUGAGCGAUGCUGACUUUCUGAAGCACUUCUCCUCCGUGGGCGUGGCCUUCUUCAGCAGGUCAUGGACGAUCUCUCGGACAAGACUGACAACGAUCGGGGCACCGAUGUGCAACCAGCUGCUCAGGCUAAAGGUGCAAUCGGCCGCGGGAGGCUUUCUCAGCCUUAUUCAGAGCGACCACAAGAUCAAAGGAACCCCGGAGUACAUGAUGCUGCAGUUUGCACUUUAUGGCCCUCUCUCUCCUGAUCGAGAGCCGCGAAAAGUGCUUCAGAGCCACAUGUCGGACAUGCGUGAGCUCGUCGAGGAGUUGCCAGACGAGCGACUGGAACCGGGAGAAUAUUUUAUCGCCAUUUGGACCCCGGACAAGGAGAAGCUGCGCCACAUGACUUUCGUGCUGCAGCUGGAUGGAGGAGGCAGGGAUGCAGGGCGAUCUAGACAUGUUGUAUACCCGACACCUAUCGAUGAGCAGCAGAUGGACCCUGGACCUAGAUACGGAGCACGAUCCGCAUCAUGGAGCUCACAGCUGAAGAAGCUGGCGCAAACAACGAUAUAG